CAUGAUGAACCAUCCUGCGCAGUGAGAGCAAGAAGCGCCACGAGUUGCUGCAAAGGAACGGGUGAUCAUAGCACAUUAUAAUUGCUUUAGCCGCUAUGUCCUCUGAUAGCAAGGCGAGAAAAAUAGAGGAGUUACGUGUGGUGGAUCUGCGGGCUCAGUUGGAGAACAGAGGACUGGACAAGACAGGAAUUAAGGCUGUUUUGAUAGAGAGGCUGAGGAAGGCUUUGGGAGACGAUGGACACAACCCUGAUGAUUAUGAGUUUGAGACCAGCUUUGUCGCAGGCACCCCUAAGCAAAGCCGCAAAUCAGUAGAUCGGGAAGCUGAGGAGGAAAUGGCAAACCAUGUAAACGGUGACUCAAGCAUCAACAAGGAAGAGGAAGAGGAGGAAGAGGACCAGGAAGAGUCACAGGAGCAGGAGGAUAAGACACAGGGAACAAAAGCCAAGACAGAGAACACAGAAAAAGACGGGAAUGGGAAAGACCAGUCAUCCUCAGAAAGCAAGAGUGACGCAGGCAAGACAAAGGAAGCUAAAACUGAGGAGUGGGAUUCAGGGAAGGAGGAGAAGUCUGAAGAGCAAGCAACGAUGAGUGAAGAGGAGGUUGGCUGUGGUGACGAAGACGACACUCGCAACAUGGAGGACGACUCCAUCAACCUCAUGCUUGAGGAGGAGGAAAAGAUGCUUGAGGAUGAGCUCACAUACAAUGAACCCGAGCGCCAUGAGCAGGAGUCAGCUAAGCAUGGGAAAGAACGCUCACACGCCAAGGAGGGCAGCCCCGCCACGCACGCCAACGCAGACUCCGCUUCGGGGAAGAAGGACAAGGACCUGGACAACGAAUCACAGGAUAAGAAAGAGUGCGAUAAGCCCAAGAGCUCUGGUGAUGAGAAAGGGAAGGACGACAAAGCCAAGGAUGACAGAGACCACAAGACUAAAGGUAGCAGCAGCAGCACUAGCAGCAGCAGCAGCAGUAGUGGAAGGAACCUGUGGGUCAGUGGCUUGGCCUCCUCCACCAGGGCUCAGGAUCUCAAGUCGGUCUUCUCUAAGUAUGGCAAGGUGACAAGUGCCAAGAUAGUGACCAAUGCCAAGACGCCCGGCGCCAAGUGUUAUGGCUUUGUGACCAUGAUGAGCAGUGAGGACGCCACCAAGUGCAUCUCACAGCUGAACCACACUGAGCUGCACGGCCGCAUGAUUCAGGUGGAAAAGGUGAGCAAAGGGAGAACCAGGGGCCCCAGCAGAAAUAAGGCCUCAUCCACCCGUAAACCAUCGGACUCCAAGAAAGACACGAGCGGUGACAAGAAGAAGGAGGGUGAGAAGAGUGAUGGAGACAAGAAGGACACAAGCUCAGACAAGAAGGAAGGUCAGGAUGAGAAAACUGGGAAGGAGGGCGAGAAGAAGGACGAGAGACGGUCGCACUCGAGAGACGUGAGCAGGAGCAGCAAGGAACACGACCGCAGGAACAGCCGAUCCUUUGAGCGACGGCCGGAGCACCGCGGUGACUCUUACAAAAUGGGUCAUCAGCGCUCAGGGAGACACGAGGUGCUUAGUUUUAAACAGAUCAUGGAGGAAAGGGAGAGGCAGAGAAUGCGUGCCAGGGAGAGGAUCAUGCGCGAGGAGGAACGCAGGCGACGGGAGGAUGAAGUUAGGCAGCGGAAUAUUGAAAGGCGACAGCGGGAAGAAGCGGAACGACUUCAGAGGGAGAGAGAGAAAUUGCGAAUUGAGAGAGAAAAGAUAGAAAGGCAGAAGCACGAACUUCUCCGCCUGGAGCGAGAACACCAGAGGAUGGAAAGAGAGAAGCUAGAGAGGGAGAGGGAGGAAUUGCGCCGCCAGCAGAUGAGUAACCAACUUAGGUACGAAGAGACCCGGAGGAGCAUAAAGCGGCCGGCAGACGACAGAGAUAGACGCGAGUUCUUUGAAGAUCGCAAACGUCCAGCACCAGACAGCCGCUCCCGCUUUGAGUCCAGCUCAGCACCACAGCGCAGCAGGAACUAUGACCGCAACGAACCAGCAAGAUUUGAGCACAACCACGGGAACUAUGCCACACAUGGCAGCCACAGCGGUGGUGGUGGUGGCCGGGAUGAUAACCGUGCCCCAGGAGGUGUGGGCGGAGGCAGUCGCUACGAGGACCGGCGGGAAAUGAGAGAGAGAGAUGAGAGGCGGCCUGUGGAGAGGUCUGGCCCCAGGGAUGACAGGGACCACCGGGGACCCAUGUCGUCACAGGGCUCCAGAGACAGACCGAGAGAGAGGUACGGUGGUAGUGGUCUGGGCAGCAGCGGUGGUGAUUCUUGGAGGACUGGCGGGGGAGUGAGCGAUAGUAAGGGCAGCUUUUCAAGCAGUUCAGCCAUGAUGGGGGGCAGUAUGGGGACGUCGGGGCUUUCUGCCCGUGGGGGAGAUUCCCAGGGGUGGAGGUCCUCUAGCACCAAUGAUAGAUGGGCAACCAGCAGCAGCAACAUGGGAGGCAUGACAGUGUCUGAUGUACUGCGAGGCAACAUGAGUCAUCAGCCACAACCUGGCAUGGGCUCCAUGUCCAUGCCCAUGAUGUCUCAAAAUGACAGGUUUUCCAUGUCUAGCUUCCGUAAAUAUUAGUUCAAAGCAAGUGUCAUAUCCCACCUGUCAGACGCUGGACACAAGUCAGAUGACUGAUAGAAGUAUGUUUAAGUAUUUGGCUAAUGCUUUAGCAUCCAACACCAACAUUAUGUUGCUCACAGUCCUGUUGUAGAAUGAUUUGCAGUUCAUCUGUGAAGUGAAUGGGAUAUAUUGAUGCACAGCACCAGCAGAGGCUGAGUAGAAGUUGUGGAGUGACAGGAGGGCAUUGAGCAGGGUUGGCCUUUGGCCCUGUGGUGUGUGGAAGUACACCACCACCCUGGAAUACUGACAUUUACAAAGAAUAUUUUAAUUUCAUUAGAUAACACUUUAGAUUGUUUUGUUUUCUAUACACUAAGUUUGUACUGUAUUACUUUUGGUUGAGUGGCUGUGGUGGUGCAGACAAUGUGUGGUGUGACCCAUGCAUUGGAAUAUCGUGUUUUGUGAUCAGUUUGCCACCAUUUGAGGUACAUCUAUUUUUUCAUGGAGCAUUCCCAUUAUGUGUGUACCUGAAUAAAUAGUAAAUGUAGCAACAA